AUGGUGAAGGUUUAUAAUCUUGUUGCAGGACAACCCAUAGAGUUAGGUAGUCCCAACUGCAAGCAGCUGCAAUUUCAGCACUUUGGCAACGAUAGUUUCCAAUUGGAAAGUGGAGGAUACAGCAUGCACAAUGACCUUUUGCCAUCACUGGGAGCAACAAUAAACCAUACAAUCAAGCUCAGGAAGCACAUUGUUUCACCAUACAAUCCUCGUUACAGGCUAUGGGAGAAGUUCUUGAUAGUCCUGGUUCUCUACUCUGCCUGGAUCUGCCCAUUUGAAUUUGCAUUUCGGCGAUACUUGCCAAGCACAAUCUUUCUUGUGGAUAACAUCAUCAAUAGCUUUUUUGCAAUUGACAUAGUACUCACCUUCUUUGUUGCUUUUGUUGACCAUAAAUCAUAUCUUCUUGUUGAUGAACCAAAGAGAAUAGCAGUCAGGUAUCUGUCCACUUGGUUCAUCUUUGAUGCAUGUUCAACAUUUCCCUUUCAAACAAUCAGCUUCUUAUUCAAUGGACAUAGUAAAAGCCUCGGCUUCAAACUUCUCAGUGUGCUUAGACUGUGGCGUCUACAUCGUGUCAAUUCCCUGUUUGCUAGACUUGAGAAAGAUAUUCGGUUCAAUUAUUUCUGGACACGGUGCACAAAGCUUUUCUCUGUAACUCUUUUCGCAGUCCACUGUUCUGGAUGCUUCAACUAUAUGAUUGCUGAUAGAUAUCCCGACCCAGAAAGAACCUGGAUAGGUGCAGUGAUACCAAACUUUAUGGAACAUAACCUGUGGGUUAGAUAUGUAACAGCAAUAUACUGGUCAAUUACAACACUAACGACUACAGGUUAUGGUGACUUACAUGCUGAAAACACAAGAGAAAUGGUAUUUGGUAUUUGCUACAUGCUCUUUAAUCUGGGGUUGACGUCUUACCUCAUUGGAAAUAUGACGAACCUUGUUGUCCACGGGACCAGUCGCACGAAAAACUUUCGGGACACCAUUCAGGCUGCUUCUGAAUUUGCGUCAAGAAAUAAGCUACCAAAACAUAUGGAGGAACAGAUGUUGUCUCACAUAUGCUUAAGAUUCAAGACAGAGGGACUCAAACAGCAAGAGACUCUUGAUGGCCUCCCAAAGGCCAUCCGCUCAAGCAUAGCCGAGUACCUAUUCUUUCCUAUUGUCCAAAAAGUAUACCUUUUCCAAGGGUUUUCCUUUAAUCUCAUUUUCCAGCUGGUGACAGAAAUGCAAGCUGAGUAUUACCCACCAAAGGAAGAUGUAAUAUUGCAGAAUGAAGCCCCAGCAUAUCUAUAUAUAAUAGUAUCAGGAGCAGUGGACAUGCGAACAUCUGCAGAUGGGGUUGAAAAGGUUCAUGGAAGGUUGACUGCAGGGGAAAUAUUUGGGGAGAUAGGAGUUCUAUGUAACAUGUCACAGCCAUUCACCAUAAGAACCACUGAGCUCACACAAAUUCUCAGACUGAACAGGACAACACUCUUCAACAUUAUUCGACAAAGUAGACAGGAUGCGACUAUUGUCAUGAGUAAUCUUUCCCAGAAUUUAAGGCUACAUGAAAGUCUAUACCCCGGAAUACAGCAAAAUGAACCUGGUGAACUUCUUAAAAGAUGGCUCGAGAGAGAUCCAUGGAAGAGGAAUGAGAACCAUGCACCAGAUGGAAAUAAUUAUCAAGUCUGCAAGCUACACACACAGGAACUUAUGGAUAAAUGUAAAAGUCCAGGCAACGCAGAAAAAAACAAGGACAAUGGCACACCCAAUGAAUUUCCAAUCGGUCAGGUCAAUCCAAAAUUAGACCAUGCAGAUCGGCACAGUGUUUUUCAUACGGUUGCACAGGAUGAAUACAAUAUAACUGCCAAUAUUUUGCUCAAACAAGAAGCAACUAUAGAAAAGGACGAAGAUAACAGGUGGACCCAAAAAGGAUUGGUUGAGAAACAUGAAAAUACAGGUAAAUUUGAGUUUUCAUCAAGUAAUGGAAGUACAAGGAGACACACUGGAGAGCACGAAAUAGAAUUUGCUGAAAUGAAAGCAUCUGGCCAUGAAAAUGACUUUGAGAACCAUGGCAGCAGAGAAUGGAAACCCAGGUUUGGGUAUCCAAAUAUUAAUGAAAUGAUGAUAGCUUCUUGUUCACAAAGUGGAAGCCACAACUUUGAGAACAAUAUCAUGAGACUAACAAGCAAAAGAGUGACCAUCCACAUGCAUUCUCAAAAGGGAAAUCCAGCAAGACAGCUAACUGCAAAGAUGAUAAACUUACCAGGAACCGUGGAGGAACUCCUCAGAAUUGGCAGUGAGAAGUUUGUGGGACAUCAUCCUACAAAAGUGAUCAACCAAGAGACUGCAGAAAUUGAUGACAUUACCAUAGUCCGUGAUGGGGACCAUUUGUAUCUCCUAGAGAUAUAA